AUGACAUCUUCAACUGCUACAAGCACCGCUACAAGCAAGAGAAAGGCUCUGGAGCAAAAAAUCCGGAACAAUGAACCCAUCCUACAGGACGUUGGAAGACUCGGCAAGGACUAUCAAGCAUGGGUCCACGAGUACCGCGUCAGCACCCCCGUCACCUUUUUCGAAUCCAAAGUUGUGAAUGCCCUCACAAAGUGUCCUUGGUGGACCGCUCCGUUGGUUUGGAUUCCCAUCAUCUGUUACCUGACGGUGUCUCCUGGCUUUAGUUCCCUCGACACGACUGUCUUGUUCGCGUCGGGCUUCUUGUUUUGGCCCGGUUUGGAAUACACCUUGCACCGGUUUGUCUUUCACGCCCACACGGAAACCUACUGGGCCAAUAUCAUCCACUUUUUGUUGCACGGCAACCAUCACGUCUGUCCCACCGACAAGCUCCGGUUGGUCUUCCCUCCCCUGCCUGCGGCGGCCAUUGCGUGCAUCCUGUCCAUUCCGCCUAACAUGCUGUUGGGCCGGGCGGCGGCAAACUGUUUCAUGGGAGGCUUCAUGACGGGAUAUCUGUUUUACGAUUUGACGCAUUACUCUAUUCACAACUUGCAUUUGAAAGCAACGAGCUACGAGGAUGGUAGUGCCUACAGCACUUUCGUGGCGACGCAGUUUUUGCCGUGGCUUCAGAACCUCCGCAUGCAUCAUGGACGCCACCACAAGGAGGGGACGAGUGGGUUUGGAAUUUCGAAUGCUUCGUUGGACGUGGUGCUGGGCACGUCGCCAUCCACAAAGGUUUCACCUCAGUAA